AACUUUCACUUUGCUCUUAAGCUUUGAAACUAUAUUGGAUUCUAAACUUAGAGCUAUUCUGUAAAAUCCGACUUUCCGAGGCAGAACUCUGUUCUCCGACACUGUUGCCAGAUUCGAACUCUUAUUUCCGAUGUGCAUAGAACGCAGCAUUGAAUUUGCUAUUUGGGGCGCAUUUUGGGGGGGGUGACCAGAAUAGAAACAACACCUGGGAAACCCGGAACUGUUUUUCUACUUGUUCGUUUUGUCGGACACAUUUCAGAGACGUACGACUGAAAACAACUCACAUCAGUAAAGUAAUGUGGUAAACCUGUGCUUGAAAACACAUCAAUCGGAGCCUGGCUUGCAUAAAGCCACCAAAGUGGAGCCGGAAGCUGAAAUAUGAGCUCCACAGAAGCGCCGGAGCGGUUUGAAUAUUUACAAUCUCUUGUCACUGAAUUUCAGGACACGGACAGUGAAGAGGCCAAAGAGCAAGUUCUGGCCAACCUCGCCAACUUUGCGUACGACCCAAAGAACCUGGAGUAUCUGCGGGAGCUGCAGGUGCCCGACCUCUUCCUGGACAUGCUGACCGAGGAGAACGAGAACUUUGUGGAGUUUGGGAUGGGGGGGCUGUGUAACCUCAGCAUGGACCCUGACUGUAGAGAGGUCAUCCUGCAGAGCGGCGGCAUCAGCCUGGUCACAAACUCCCUGUCCAACCGGCGGGAAGAGACCGUCCUGUCGGCCGUCACCACCCUCAUGAACCUUGCCACGCCCGCGACCCGUUCCCAGAUCUCCGAGCCGGGAAUCCUGCAGUGCAUGCUGCGCUUCUCCCUGGCAGAGAGCCCCCGCCUGCGCAACCUGGCGGCCGUCUUCCUGCAGGACUGCUGCAGCGAGGAGCAGGUGAGGCAGGCCCAGCAGCAGAUGGAGGGACGGCAGACUGCCGUUGGGAUCCCGCUGCCCAAAGCCUAAAACAAGCCUAAAACAAGCUUCCCUCUCUGAGGCGUUUCUGCGUGCUCGGGUUUUGUUUUUUUAGCCCCAGUGAUGCAGUCCUGACGUGACGCUGUGGGAAAACGCUCCCUAGGCUUCUGGACGAGGGCGAGGUCAGGGUUGUCUCCCGGCCACUCUGGCUCCUUCACACCGACGUGGAAAAACCCCCAGAGAAACCCUGGUGUUUGUGUGCAGGGUGGAGCAGGAAAAGGACAAAAAGAGUUACCUCAAACUGCUGUGAUCUGUCCACAUGGUGUUUUCAGAUUAUUAAUUUUCUAAGUGAAAGCCAAAAUGAAUGCUCUGGAGAAAGAAUGACCUAUAAAGACAGAAAAAAGUAGAGACGCACAAAUCAGAGAUCAGAAUCAUACAGUUGUGGUUUGAUCAGUGGUCAAAGAGUGAAAAAUGUUCUUUUCGUCCUUCUCGUUAAAUGCAUCAAAUCUAACAAUUCUCCGUUUAUUAAUGCGUCAGGGAUCAGCAUAUGCGAUGCUGUUUUGGGGGUUCAAUAAAGAUCAAGCAACAGGGUAAGUGA